AUGUCUGACGCAGACUUCGAGACCGUCCGGAAGCUCCAGGCGGAGCGCAACGCUGCUGCCGCCGCGAAAAAGGGUUCGCGCAACUCGGACAACCAACGAGCCGACACCAAGCAGAGCCUCACCGAGAGCUUCGACACCGACCUGUACGAUCGCAGCAAUGGCGUCGACAAGUUUGCGGGAUACAACAUGUCCAUCCCUACAGGUGAUGAUGAUGACGACGAGAUGGAGGGCGCUGACAACACGCGACGCCUCGUCGGCCAGUACACGGCUUCACGUGCCAUGAUCGACGAGUUCGCCCGUGGUGAUGGCGUCGAGGAGGAUGACCCCUUGGCAGGCCGGGGCGAGCGUAGCAACCGAAUCACCGAUCGCGAGACCGACUACCAGAAGCGACGAUUCGAUCGUGUCCUCACCCCGACUCGAGCCGAUGCCUUCGCAGCUAACCGCCAAGCCGGCGCCGCCGAGGAGGGCACUAGCUACCGCGAAGUCAUGGCGCUGCGCGAGCUGGAGAGGGAGGAAGAACGCGUCCGCCGCGCCAUCCAGGCCAAGGCUGAGGGUCGAGAAGAGGAGGACGGCAACGUGGCCCCGGCGACCUUGAAGGACGGCGAUAAGGAAAAUGCUGAAGCUGGGUCGACCGAGGCUGUUACGGCAGGCCGCAAGCGAAAGAAGAGAUGGGACGUCUCGUCUACGCUAGCUGAUGAUGAAGCUGCUCCCCAGCCUUCGGAUCCUGUCAAGUCCAAGCGAUCGCGAUGGGAUCAAACACCAGCUCCCGCCGGCAUGGAGAUAGACGCGCCCAAGAAGCGAUCUCGUUGGGAUCAGGCACCAUCCGCCACGCCCAUGGGAAACCAGGGACUUGCGACACCGAUGCACCCCUCACAGUCAGGCAGUGCUGCCCUGCCUACGACCUUCGGAACCGACAUCUCUGGCCGCAACAUGCCCUUGAGCGACGAGGAACUGGAUAUGCUCCUCCCCGGCGAGGAUCAGGGAUACAAGGUUCUCGAGCCGCCUCCGGGAUACGCUCCGAUACGCGCGCCCGCACACAAGCUUAUGGCCACGCCGGCACCGCAGACUGGGUUCAUGAUGCAGGACCCCGAUUCCGUCAGGCUCAGCGGCAAGCCCAUGCCGGCCGAGAUUCCAGGCAUCGGCGAUUUGCAAUUCUUCAAGGCUGAGGAUAUGGCGUAUUUCGGUAAGCUGACCGACGGUUCUGAUGAGAACAGCCUCAGCGUGGAAGAGAUGAAGGAGAGAAAGAUCAUGAGACUGCUCUUGAAAGUCAAGAACGGUACUCCACCAAUGCGUAAAACUGCCCUGAGACAGCUCACCGACAAUGCCAGGCAGUUUGGAGCCGGUCCGCUCUUCGAUCAGAUCCUCCCCUUGCUCAUGGAGAAGACGCUGGAGGACCAGGAGCGCCAUUUGCUCGUCAAGGUCAUCGACCGUAUUCUCUACAAGCUAGAUGAUCUCGUGCGACCGUUCGUCCACAAGAUUCUCGUUGUUAUUGAGCCGCUGCUCAUCGACCAAGACUACUACGCUAGAGUUGAAGGUCGCGAGAUUAUCUCCAACCUCAGUAAAGCCGCUGGUCUGGCCACGAUGAUCAGCACAAUGAGACCAGAUAUUGAUCACGUGGAUGAAUACGUGCGAAACACCACCGCCAGAGCUUUUGCCGUGGUCGCGUCAGCACUUGGUAUUCCUGCGCUUCUGCCGUUCCUCCGAGCCGUUUGUCGAAGCAAGAAGUCAUGGCAAGCCCGUCAUACCGGUGUCAAGAUCGUUCAGCAAAUCCCCAUCCUCAUGGGUUGUGCUGUUCUGCCACACCUCAAGGGAUUGGUGGACUGCAUUGGUCCCAACCUUAACGACGAACAGACCAAGGUCAGAACCGUCACCAGUUUGGCAAUCGCAGCCCUCGCUGAGGCUUCUAGCCCCUACGGUAUCGAGAGUUUCGACGAUAUUCUCAACCCGUUGUGGACUGGAGCGCGCAAGCAGCGUGGCAAGGGUUUGGCCGGUUUCCUCAAGGCUGUGGGUUACAUCAUCCCGCUUAUGGACGAAGAAUACGCCAACUACUAUACCAGUCAAAUCAUGGAGAUUUUGCUCCGCGAGUUCUCGUCCCCAGAUGAGGAGAUGAAGAAGGUUGUCCUGAAGGUGGUCUCCCAGUGCGCUGGCACUGACGGUGUCACAGCAGGUUACCUCAAGGAGCACGUGUUGGACGAGUUUUUCAAGAGUUUUUGGGUGAGGCGAAUGGCUUUAGACAAGCGCAACUACAAGCAAGUCGUCGAGACGACUGUCGACAUCGGUCAGAAGGUUGGAGCCAGCGAGAUUCUGGAGAGAAUCGUGGUGAAUCUUCAAGACGAGAGCGAAGCCUACAGGAAGAUGACGAUCGAGACGGUCGAGAAGAUUGUUGCCAGUUUGGGUGCGGCAGAUAUUGGCGAGCGUCUCGAGGAGCGCUUGAUUGACGGUAUCCUGACCACGUUCAAGUCACAGACUGUGGAGGAUAUCGUUGUGCUGAACGGCUUUGGCUCCGUUGUCAACGCCCUCGGUACGCGCUGCAAGCCAUACCUGCAGCAAAUUUGCAGCGACAUCCUGUGGCGACUCAACGACAAGUCUCCAACGGUGCGACAACAAGCAGCUGACCUAAUUUCACGCAUCGCUAUGGUCAUGAAGCAGUGCGGAGAGGACGCUAUGAUGGGCCGAAUCGGUGUCGUGCUUUACGAAUACCUGGGUGAAGAGUACCCUGAAGUUCUCGGAUCUAUCUUGGGUGCUCUGCGAUCCAUUGUCACGGUGGUCGGUAUCUCCCAGAUGCAGCCUCCUAUCAAGGACCUGCUGCCUAGACUUACCCCUAUCCUGCGCAACCGACACGAAAAGGUCCAGGAAAACACCAUUGACUUGGUUGGUCGUAUCGCUGAUCGCGGGCCCGAGAGCGUCAACGCUCGCGAGUGGAUGCGUAUUUGCUUCGAGCUGCUCGACAUGCUCAAAGCACACAAGAAGGGUAUCCGUCGUGCGGCCAACAACACGUUCGGUUUCAUCGCCAAGGCCAUUGGUCCUCAGGAUGUUCUUGCUACCCUGCUCAACAACCUUCGCGUCCAGGAGCGUCAGUCGCGUGUCAACACCGCCGUUGCUAUUGGCAUCGUCGCCGAGACUUGCGCGCCUUUCACGGUUCUUCCCGCGCUGAUGAACGAGUACCGAGUACCCGAGCUCAACGUCCAAAACGGUGUCCUCAAAUCGCUGUCCUUCCUCUUCGAAUACAUUGGCGAGAUGGCCAAGGACUACGUCUAUGCCGUUACACCUCUUCUCGAAGACGCGCUCAUCGACCGUGACCAAGUCCAUCGUCAGACCGCCGCCUCGGUCGUCAAGCACAUUGCGCUUGGCGUUGUCGGCCUCGGCUGUGAGGACGCCAUGGUCCAUCUCCUCAACCUGCUCUACCCCAACCUCUUCGAGACCAGUCCACAUGUCAUUGACCGUAUCAUCGAGGCUAUUGAGGCCAUCCGCAUGGCUGUCGGCCCGGGCGUCGUCCUCAACUACGUAUGGGCAGGUCUCUUCCACCCAGCUCGCAAGGUUCGCCAACCAUACUGGCGACUCUACAACGACGCCUACGUCCAAGGCGCCGAUGCGAUGGUGCCAUACUACCCCAAUCUCGACGAGGAGAAGGUCGACAGGCCGGAGCUGGCCAUCAUGUUGUAA